AGGUCUAAAGAGGCGUGACAGCCAACGUCAGUAAAUAAGUAUGUUGUACGUCACAAGUCAACACAAAAAAGAAAAUUUUGAAAUGUAAUAUUUACAAAUCCUAUAAAAUCGAUUUUAGAAUAUGUUAUGGACUACAUUCUCCAAUAAUCAUAAGUUGAAAUGUUAUUCAUUGCAUUAACUAUAGCUCAAAAUGUUUAGUAAGAGAAACCAAUUAGAUGUCAAAAAAUCUACCUCUAAAAUACAAGAUCCUAAAAAGGAUUUGGCCACUAAAAUUAAGCACUUGAAAAUCAUUUUAGAUAAUGUAGAAGUAUCAGAAGCCAAAGGAUUUUUUGAAGCCAACUUCAGUCAUGUUUACAACAUACUGUAUGAUAGUUUUAUUCAAGCAGAAUAUAAUUUGCGACAAAGAGUUCAUAAAGCCCAUAAAGAAGAAUUAGAAUGCGCACUAUGGAUAUUGGAACAGGUAUUGAGUCUGUUACCAGAACUCAUACACAAAAGAUGGCAGAUGCACUCUUUAGGCAGAAUCUUGAACAAACUACUUCAUACAGGAAACUCUGUCAAGUUGAGAAGACAGGGUAUCCGUUACUUCUUGAUGUGGUAUCAAGCUCUGAACGAAAAAGCACCAGACUAUGUUGACGGAAUGUAUGCCUCUUUGGUACCAGGUUUUAUCAGUCCAUCUGCUGUUACGGUCCAAUCGACAGGAAUGAGUAUUUUCCAUGAUACUAAUGCCUAUCAGCCUGUCACAUCGGCAGAAAUUCAACCAAUUCUGCCGCCAACUACAUCGGAAAAACCACCAGAUAACCCCAGCAGGCUGUUCCUGGAGGCUCUGUUGGAACACAUGGUCCAAUCUGUUGUUAAACUUGAAUGGCACGAUAAGCCUGCAUAUUACAGCCGAUGUUUUCAUUUUCUUCUAGAGAAGUUUAAAAUUUAUUAUCUGCCAAAAAUUUGCCCCAACUUCAGCGUAGAAACAUCUCUGUACAACCCCACACUCGAUUUGCCAGUAAUGAGAAAAGCUGACGCAGAGAAUGAUUAUGUCUAUUGCAGGGUCACAUUGAUUAUGUGGCUAACAAAUUACGUCCACCAGACAAAAAAAAAUUUAGAUAAUGGUCCUCCUUCAAUAGGACUGCAUUCCACGCUGAAAGAACAUGAGGAAGAGGCACAUCAUGAAUCAGCUCAUCCUAGUUUGGAUUCGAAUUUGUCACUCCAGAUAAACCGUACUCCAUCGGACGAGGUACUAGCCUCCCAGAUCGUGAGGGAAGUUUUGUAUAGUUCCAGGGACAACGUUAACUUCCUCCACGAACUGUUCAGACAAGCAUUCUUGCUCAACUUCAACCAUGUAAUAGCCAUCAAGAAGACUAUUCAAGUGUAUAAGGAUUUGAUACAGUUGAAUAUUCCCGAAAUGCCUCCUUACAUGUUGGAAUUACCAGAUGACAUGAGAAUACCAGAGGAUUUUGGUCAAGAGAACAGACCUCCGAGAUUGAGGAACGAUUCUUAUUUGGGUGCAAUUCACAAAGAAAACUUGCUAGUUAGAGCUGGUACGCAGAAUGUCCUGCAAUUGUUCAUGACGCAUGCCGCAAAUGUUUUUUUGCUGGAAAUCAAUCAGCACAUUCCAAAGAUGUUAGAAGAACAGACUGACGCUUGCAAAAGGGUACUUAAUAUUUAUCGAUACAUGGUGAUGAACACCAGAAUGGAUAAUAGUACAUGGGAACAAUUAUUGUUAGUUUUAUUACAAAUCACUUCAUUAGUGUUAUCUGAGAAUCCUCCCAAAAAGAAGGUACCGACUCUUGGUGGAAAGUUGGCACCUGCAAUUUUCCAAACUCUCAUCGUGACAUGGAUCAAAGCUAAUUUGAAUGUUAUGAUAUCUCAAGAACUAUGGGACAGGUUUCUGCAUGUCCUAGUCUCACUCACAAAUUGGGAAGAUCUUAUUAAGGAGUGGGCGAAAACGAUGGACACCUUGACCAGAGUAUUAGCCAGACACGUGUACGAGCUAGAUCUGACCGAUCUACCGUUGGAUAGGUUGGCGGAGCAGAAAAAUAAAAGAAUGGGCCGGAGACCAACCAGUAGACCCGAAAGUGGCCUCACUGGCCAGCACUUUGAAAACAAUCACCCAGCCACCGCCAGACAAGACUCUGUCAUUAAUGAGGGACAAGCUGUGAUAAAAAGGAGGAGAUCCACCAUCUCGAGGAGCUCUAGCGAAACAGAUUUGUACGAAAAGAGGAAACAUGUAGCCAGACCGAGAACGGCACCACUUGCUAAGCACAGACGUUCUGUGUCCUUGAACAGUUUGAUGGUACACGAUUCCGAAUCGAUGGAUAGGAGUAGGUCGCCUAGUCCUGCGCCUUCUAGCGGCGUGGAAUGCAACUCCAUUAAGGACUCGCCUCUCCAACUUGACAUGAUGGCCGAACACCAUCAUCAUCACUUGGAAAGUCCCUUGUUUGGGGAGAAUAGGGGCGUUGUCUGUGGAGGAAGUGUUAGAGGAUGGCUCCCCGAUGUGGCUGUGAUACUUUGGAAAAGAAUGUUAGGAGCUUUGGGUGAUGUAAACAACAUUGCCGACUCCAAACUCCAUCAUCAAGUAUUUCAAUAUCUUGUCAAACUAACAGACACAUUAAUAAAGAUCAAGCACAAUCAGGGAGUGUCUUCAGACAAUUUGAGCACACCGCAACCCCCAGAGUUAGUUCCACCCUUAACUUUGAUCCUUCCUUGGUGUUUUGGGGCUCUUAUAUUACCCGAGGCAUAUGAACCAGGCAAACUGGAUGCUCUGAGGUUACUCUGUACAAUUACGCUAAACUGUGAUCCCAAAUAUAGGACUUAUUUACCCCAGUUUUAUCAUUUUUUGCAUUUAGCUUUAACAGGUCCGUCUAAAUCUUACCUGAACACAGCUUUAAAGUAUCUAGGGCCGAGGUUUCUCUCCCUUCAACUUCCUGGCUCCUCAGUUCUACUUCUAGAUCUCAUACACGCUUGUAACACUGUUCUGAAUUCUACCGAAUCUUUGGAAACUUCUCCAAGGACUGAGGCCGUUUCAAUAAUAGCCAAUUUACUGAGCAAGCCGAAUGAAUUAAAUUCUCUCUAUGUUCUACAACCUGAAAGUGAUAUACAUCUCAUGGCUUGUCCAGAUAUCAAGGAGCAUGUAGUGAGCAUUCUAUUGAGAGCAGGGAGGAGAGAAGCUAGAGGAAAAGCGAGAUCCAUAGCUCUUUCAGCCCUAGGAAUUUACAUUUAUAAAGAAUUAAGUAAUAAAACAUUCCAUUCAAAAGUAACAGAUGCUAUUGACGUUAUCUUACAAUCACUUAAGUUCAACAAUAAAGUUAUAUCUCAACUGGCCAGUAAUAUCUUGUUCCUUCUUUGCGAUCAUGCAACAUUGUUGUGGAACCAAUAUCCCAGACAUGGCAACGCUAUCAUCAGCACUUUGUGCUCUGCACUGUUCACCCAUGCUCCCCUAGGUUCUACCGCAGGCGAAAGUGAUAAAGCUCUCGGAACUGCCUUGCUUCUUUGCCUUGGUGAGUGGUGCAUGAGACUUGGGCCCAAGAAGCUGUUAGUGACUUCUCAAUAUGGCGAAAAUAGGGAGACCACUCUGUUGCUUCAAGUUUUCACAGUCUUGUUCAAAAUAGUAUCCGGACAGGUUUCAACGGAACAUCACGGAGGUCUCAGCCAACCUUCAAUGCAAGACGACUUCGAUCCCAACAUCAUAUCAGACGAUUUGAAUAAGGUGGCCUCCCCUGUCUCUUCUCCGUCCAAAAAUCAAGUUUGCCAAAAAACCAUCAAUCUCUGCGCGAAGACAGUCCUCUCCCACUUGGUCACCCAUCUGGGUCAUUUCCCAAUGGCCAUCGGUGCUGCCAGGCUCAGUUCUAUGGUGGUGGAACAUGACGACGUUCCGAAUUUGGGUUCUGACGAACUGUCCCACAAUAUAUUCUCCGCCCCCAACAUACAGCUCUUCAUGUUCAAUCCUAACGUGAUAGCCAGCUUCAUUGAGCUACCGACCUUGGAUUUGCCUGGAGGUGGAGUGACAGCCGGUCUGUCAACUGCCGAUACCCAAGUUCGGGUCCUCCUGAGGGAUUUAUCCGGUAAAGCGAGCUGGGAUGCUUCCAUUCUUUACAAAAAACCCGAUCAAGAAACGGAACCUUCAGAACCUAAAGUGGCGUCCUACCGUAGUCAUAUUGAGCCUACGCAAUUGGAGAGUUUGAUGAUCGAUAAUUUUCAACACGGCCUACCACAAAGGGCUAUGAGACAUAGGCCACCCAGUGUACUUCCUGAUAUUUCGAAUAGCGCCCCUGAUUUGGACCAGUUGGACGAUCUGCUCCAAUAUUUGGGGCACACCAGUUCGGAAUGCUUGGAGAAUCCGCAUCGUAAACUUAACGAACCUUCAGAACCACCAAUUACAAUCGAACUGGAGCAGGAAGCCAUCGCGUCUGUGAUAAAUCAAAGAAAUGUAGAAAUGGAAGAAUAUAGGUUAACGUCUCAUCUGGAGUGUAUGGUUGGACAACCUGUUGUUCGACCCGACAGCAAGAGUGCUUCUACUAAUUCUUCUGUGGAAAUAACCAGCUUGCAACAAGCGCCUAUGGGGAUAGUUGACCAAAAAGAGUUCCAACAGUGUCGACUGCUGUUUUCGCAACUAGGUUUAACCGGAUGGGACAAGAGGCAACAACUGCAUUUACUAAAUAAGACUGAACGUUUAUUGAGGGAACUUAGGAAUUUAGACGGACAAUGCUGCAGGGAAACACAUAAAGUGGCGAUAAUCUAUGUAGGACCAGGUCAGGAAGACAAGAAUUCCAUUUUGUCCAACCAAGGUGGUAGUGCUCUGUUCGAAGAAUUUCUGGCCUCUCUGGCUUGGGAAAUCGAAUUGGAAAAUCACACUGGAUUCCUGGGCGGUUUGCAGAGAGGGGGUUCUACAGGAUUGAGCGCACCUUAUUACGCCACUAGUUUCCUAGAGGUUUUAUUUCAUGUGGCAACCAGAAUGCCAUGUGAUACUCCCGAAGCUGUACUUAAUAAGACGAGACAUCUGGGUAAUGAUGAGGUCCAUAUAGUAUGGUCGGAGCACAACCGUGAUUAUAGGAGAGAUAUAAUUCCCACUGAAUUCUGUGAUAUUUUAAUUAUUAUUUAUCCACUUGGGAAUAAUUUGCACAGAGUGACUGUCAAUUGCAAACCUGAUGUUCCACAUUUUGGAGUUCUUUUCGAUGAAGCUAUUGUGGAGACCAAUAUUUUAGCAGGCUUGGUUCGUUCUACCGCAAUCUGCGCAAGUAGAGCUAAAAGAACUACCUUAACACAUUAUCAACAGUAUUAUGAGGAAAGAGCGAGGUCGCUGAAAACUGUCGUAACAGAUCACAAGGAGAGUACGAUUUACGAAGAGUUCAUAUCGAGAGUAUACAGCCCUGUAUGUUCGUCCCUUUCCUUCUGCGGCAGUUCUUCUGGGAGCGUCCUGGGUGGAGACUCGCUGUCGUGCUCUACCACCUCAUCGACGCUUGCAGCUGCUCUGUUAGAUUCUCACGGACACUCUCACAGGGCCAGCCAGAAAGGAGAUCCGAAAGGAAAAGGUUCUGACAUGAAUAAAGGUGUAUGGUUCAACAGUUCGGACAUCUCUCAAAAUGUUGAGUCUACUAGUAUAUCACCAAGGCCACUGAAGAAGAUCACCACCAGUUUAAAGCAUGUCCCCAAGAGGGUUCACAAACAAGAAUCAACUGAUACACCGCCAGAAAGUCCCCAACAAAUGAUAAGAAAAAAAUGAUAAUACCAGUAAGCACAAAAAUCAGCAACCGUAUGCUCUUAUGCUAUGAAUUCGAAGUUGUUACAUUGGAGAAUCAAAGGUCUAAUUUAAAUUAAGAGCAUAUCAUUAAAAAGUUUCUAUCGAAUAAUCAAACUUCUAAUUAGAUUAACAUUUCAAACACCAAAUUCAAUAACCCUUAAUGAUAAGAAUUUUAAAUAUGAAGCUAUAGGUACAAAUUACUUUAUUCAAAAAAAUAUAUAUAUAUGGAGAGAGGAUUUGAGUAGCCUUCAUACAAUUUUUAUCUUUUGUUAUCAGGAAAAUAAUUGUGCAUUUAAUUCGCCUUUUGAAUUAUUCAAGUUUUCAUUUUGAACUAUUCCAAAAACAUUCUGAUAAGUGUACGCCAUUUUUAAAAUGUAGUAAUUUAUUUCCUUUUAAAUUACAAACAGUAUGUAUUUUGUUAUGUUUGAUAUUUAUUUAUAUUUGGACAGUAUUAACAACUGAAAAUUCUCUCGAAUUGCAACCUAUGUCGAAGUUAUGAUGUAUUUCAUAUUUUUUUAAGCAAAUAUAUAAAUAUAUAUUUAUAAAUAUAGUUGUAAGUGUUGAAAAAUAUUUUUAUUUUCGAUGUUUUACGCAAUUCGAGAGAAUUUUCUUGUUGUUCCAGUAUUAUGGCUGAAUGUAUGAAGUUUUAUUUCCAUGUUAUGAUGCAAAUUGAAAAAAUGUGUAUAAUUGUAAAAUAUUUUCAUGAUGUACUUAUUACUGAAAGCUUUAUUAAUAAAAUUUAAUUCACUA